AUGUUUGAGAAACUUCAAGUGCGAACAAUUAUUGCCGUGUCUGAUUUAGUGGCUGAUGCAUUUGCAUUAGGGCUUCGAGAAUCACUGGUUUUACACGCUUCUUUCUCAAAACUUAGUAUUGGACGAGUGGAGGCUGGAGUGACGGUAAAGCACACAUCAUCUACUGCUGGUUCUCUUUCCAAACUUGUGAAACUCACCACAAGUAAUGGAAACGGCGACCAGAGUGGGGAUAGUAAAGAGUUGAAGACAGAAGGAAUGAAAAGUACAGAAAAUGGUGAUACUAGUGGGUUUACUAAUACUAAUACUAAUACUACUAAUAUUAGCCGUACUGUAGGUGUUGGUGGGGAUGAGACAUUAUCCCUACGAAGUUUCUCAGGAAAGACGGUUAAUUUGUUAGAUGAGGUAUACCGUGAAUCGCUUCUUUCUUUCUUUGGCGAUGAGGUUUAUCAAGCUGUGAUGGCAUUGCGGGGAAUGCAACAAGGCCCAUAUAAUGGCAUUCGAGUGAAACGAGGACGUACAGAGGAGAAGUAUGAAGAAAAAGAAAAAGAAAAAAAAGAAAAUAAAGAGGUUGGAAAAGAGAAUAGUGAGAACGCUGUACUUGCAACUACUAGUAAAUAUAAAAGACAAGGUGUAUUGGGACGUCUUAUUUCCUCUAUUACAGAUGGUGAACCAUUACCGGUGAUUAUAGCAGGUGAGGCGUUAAAUGUCGCUCCACUACUACGUGAUUUCCUUGAGGAAACUAUACGUUUACGUAGUAAUACACACAAGAGAGAUAAUGAUUCUUCAUCUUUAUCUUCUUCCUCAGAGGAGAGUGAGGACACUAUUAAGUCAAGCAGAAGUAGCCGUGAUAGUGGUGGCCGUAGUAGUAGCCGUAGCAGUAGUAGUAGUGAGAGUAGUAGUAGUGAUAAUGAUAGUAGUGAUUCAUCAUCAUCAUCAUCAUCAUCAUCUUCUUCCUCUACGUCUGCUUGUGGUUUAUUAAAACUUCAGCCAUUGCCUCUACCAGAGUUUUCUUGGUUGUUGCCUGUUGUUGGCGGUUCGUUGGUAGCGCAGCUCUCGUUGGCAGAAUUGAGUAAAUUACGCAUCUCAAGAGGAGAUGCAAUUUCGUCUAAGGGUUCUAUCAUACAUUGGAGAUCUGUGGUGUAA